CAGCCGAGUAUGUGAGUGUGUGUGUUUGUGUGUGAGAAGCAUCAACCUGCAGCUGAGUGUGUGUGAAGCAGCAUUGACAGACACACACGAUGCUGCAGAAUGGCGCACCGAGUCUCCUGCAGUGUUUGUGUGCAGGAUUAGCCACUACUUAGCUGUGUGUGUGAGAGAGAGAGUGUGUGUGUGUAGACGCAGCGCGCACCGAGCCUCCAGCCGCGUCAGGUGGAUGCAGUGAUCCAGGUCGCCCCUAUGGAUCGCGUCCAUGGAUGUCUUCAAACCCGCUUCGGACACCAGUUUGAGUCCCAGGGUGUGUGUCUCCUCAGCGGAAGAGGAUGUGUUCCGCUGGCCGGAGGAUGGAGGCGGCGCGGUGCCAGACGCGGUGCCGGACGCAGUACCGGACGCGGCACCGGGAUUCUGGAGGGCCGUGUUCGACUAUGAAGCGGCGGCGGAGGACGAGCUCAGCCUGCGGAGGGGCGACCUGGUGGAGGUGCUGUCCAAGGACUCGCUAGUGUCCGGGGAUGAGGGCUGGUGGACCGGCAUGAUCCUGGACCGGGUCGGCAUCUUCCCCUCCAACUAUGUGAGCCACGGAGACAUCCGGGACACCGGGGAGCAGCAGCAGUACCCAGUGCCCCCCCUGCACCUGCUGGAGAUAGAUUUCUCGGAGCUGACCCUGGAGGAGAUCAUUGGGGUGGGGGGCUUUGGGAAGGUGUACCGGGCGGUGUGGCGGGGGUCGGAGGUCGCAGUGAAGGCGGCGCGGCGGGACCCGGACGAGGACCCUGAUCAGACCCUGGAGAGCGUCCGCCAGGAGGCCAAGCUGUUCGCCAUGCUGAACCACCCCAACAUCAUGGGGCUGCUGGGGGUCUGUCUGCUGGAGCCCAACCUGUGUCUGGUGAUGGAGCUCGCCCGGGGGGGCCCCCUCAACCGCGCCUUGGCUGGGAAACGCAUCCCGCCCUGCACCCUGGUGGACUGGGCGGUGCAGAUCGCCCGCGGCAUCCUCUACCUGCACAGCCAGGCCAUCGUGCCCAUCAUCCACCGGGACCUCAAGUCCAGCAACA